CUGCGGCCGCGGCGGAGGCGGGCGCGGGCCGGCGGACGGAGGCCGGGCCCCGGCGGCGCGGGGCGGGCUGCACACGCAGGCGGAGGCGUCGCCGGCUCCUCCCGGGGCGGACGCGGGCUGCGCGCCGACGAGCGGAGGCCUCGUCCCGGUCGUGUGUCAGAGUGCACAGAACUGCUUGUAAGUCCGCUUCCGCAGACCUUUUGAUGCCAGACCUUCCCGUAAGGACUACACGCACAUUCUUGUUUAGAAAAUGGGUCCUACAAGACGCCUUGUUACCAUCAAAAGGAGCGGGGUCGACGGCCCCCACUUUCCGCUGAGCCUCCGUACCUGCUUGUUUGGAAGGGGUAUCGAGUGUGACAUUCGUAUUCAGCUUCCUGUAGUAUCCAAACAACACUGCAAAAUUGAAAUCAAUAAGCAGGAGGCAAUAUUGUUUAAUUUCAGUUCCACAAAUCCAACGCAGGUCAAUGGAUCUACUUUUGAUAAACCUGUACAGCUAAAACACGGAGACAUGAUAACUAUUGUUGAUCGGUCUUUCAGGUAUGAAAAUGAAGGUCAUCAGAACGGAAGCAAGUCACCUGAAUUUCCAGGACAAAGACGGGAACAGGAGACUUCGCGUCGAGUCUCAAGAUCUAGCCUCUCUUCCAACCCUGAUGGGAAAGUUCAAGAUUCCAGUGCCCAUUCAAAGCUCACGGAAGAAGCUGUUUCAGGAAGGCCCGUGGUGCACGGGAAGGAUGUCACAGGAGCCGGUACUGGCUCAGGUGGCUCAGAAGACCAUGUUUCCAGGAAGACACCUGGUGGCGUUCAUCCUGCACAGCUUCCUAGAGAUACUUGCAGAAAUGCAACGGCUCCCACGGCUGGGGAUUUCAAAGACGAUUCCAGUGUAACUUUAGGGAGCAGUAGCAGGGAACUGAAGGCUUAUUCCUCUAUACAGUGUCUUAAGGGUAGUGGCCAAAAUGAGUCUCCCUUUAGGAAGCUUUAUGAGUCAAUGAAGGUGGAGUUAGAUGUGAAAUCAGGAAAAGACAAUGUCCUGCAGAAUCAUAGACGGUCAGGAUCACAGAGUCAUUGCACAGCAGGAAAAGAAAGCACUGGUGGUUUAGAGGGCAAGGCUCUGGUCUCACUUAAAUCCAGACCGAGAUCGGGCCGAGGCCCCCAGAGUAAGGCAGACCCUGCUUCGGGAGAACAAGGAAGUAGCCAGAUGGAGGGAAAGAGGAGUGAUGAGCUGGUCCAGACUCCCAAGGAGACCAAGAGUCCCAGCAUCCUCGGCACCAAGAUGGAGAUGCCGAAAACCACGACCCCCGCCCGGUAUUCACAGCAAAGCCCCUCACGGAGGCGGCGGAGUGAGGACCUGAGUGUUGUCAGUGACAGUGCGUCCCCAAUUCUAGGUCAAAGUGAAGGCUCCAGGGCAGAAAACAAAACGCUCACUCCCCGCAAGUUCUUACCUAGAAAUCAAUCACCUAUCAAAGUUGAGAGUUUGGGAAAUACACCAGAAAAACUUUUCUCCAGGAAAAGGAAGAGUAUUCCUACAAAUGUAGACAAUCUGACAACAGAAACACAGAUUCUGCAUCAGACGAUUUCAGCUCCACUGGUCCUGCAAGUUGAAAGGAAGAUUCAAAACGAUUUUCUCAACAAGCCUGAGAAGCUGGGUGUGGCUGCUGGACAAACGUGCCCCGGGUCACCCGGUCUUAUCUCAGCUGAUGUCAGCGGCUUUGGCGAUUCCACGAAUAAGAUGGACGGGGUGUCCCUGAAGAGGAGGCGGGUCUCCUUUGGUGGUCGCCUGAGACCUGAGCUAUUCGAUGAAAACCUACCUCCUAACACACCCCUCAAGAGAGGAGAGACGCCAAAGCAAAGGCGGUCUCUGGCCGCCCACACGCCAGCCGUCCUAAAGAAGGUCAUCAAGGAGCAGCCUCAACCAUCAGGGAAAGAAGAUGCUUCAGAAAUCCGUCUGGAAGUGACCGCACAGAAUGCAAGCAUGAGCUCUCCAGCACCUGGUGCUGCCCGUGCUUCUCCAGCUGCACCGGAUCAAGGCCGUAGGUUAUCCAAGGUGUCCUCUGUCCCCAGCGGCAGCAAAUCUCCACAUCAGACAGAUAUUCCCAAGCGAGGAGGGAGAAAGAGUGGCAACCUGCCCUCCAAGAGAGCAUCCCUGGACCGAAGCCAGCAUGGCAUCUUACAGAUGAUUUAUUCCAGAAGAAGGAGCGGGGCUUCUGAGGCCAAUUUAGUUGUGGCAAAAUCGUGGGCAGACGUGGUCAAACUCGGAGCCAAGCAGACCCAGACCAAAGCUGUUAAACGUGGCCCUCCAAGACAGCUGAGCAAAAGGCAAAAAAGAAUCCAUACUCCAAAGAAGCCGACUGGCAUCGUUCACAACCAGUUUAGCACAGGCCACGCGAACUCUCCCUGCACCAUCGUGAUAGGGAAAGCGCACAUCGAGAGGGUGACCGGGCCGGCGCGGCCCUGCAGGGUGCUCAACAGCUUCAUGGUCAACAGACCCGUGGACUUUAGUGAAGAUCUUUCAGGGCUGCCUGAGAUGUUCAAGACUCCAGGGAAAGGGAAACCACAAAGGAUGAGCAUGUGUCCUCCCACUUUUUCAAAUGCAGAUGAUUUGGUUGGAAAAGAGCUUCCAGGGCCUCAUGUCGGAGAAGAACCUCUGCUGUGCGCUUUGGAAAGUUCUGGACAGAAUGUGUUUCCUGGGCCUCAGGAUGCAGCAAAAGAGCUGUCUGAUCAAAGUUCUGCAAGCCCUGCCUUAAGGCGCCCGCCUAUUAAAAUACAUGAAAACAUUAUGAAAACUCCUAGGAACGUGUGCAAAACGACAGGUGCUGAGAUGAAAACUCCAGGGUCUGCGGCAGCGACUCCGAAGGCAGCAUCAAGUGCAAACAAGUUUAGAAGGUCUGCGGAGCUCAGAAGCCCUCAGACGCCAGGUGUGGAGGGUAAGAACGAAGACACAAAACCGGAUGCUCUUGAGAACGUCUUGGGAAGACGUCUGAGGAAAACACCGCAACCAGAGCAAAAGCUGCAGGGAGACAUGAAGGAAAGUGAAAGGUCUCUCGAAACAUGUAAGAAAAACAUCGAAUCAAAAGAAAAUUCCGGAAAGAUGACAGCUGUGAGGAGAUCAAGAAGAGCUUCAGAGCUGAAGUGUGAACCAGCAGCAGACCUGACCGCCCUCAAGAGAUCGCAGGAGACAGAACCUGAAGAAGACCAGACAGACAUCCUGAGUCUCCCACUGACCCCAGCUGAUGCCGAGGAGGCAGUGGACGCAGAGAACAAAGCCGCACAGAUGCGCUAUACAUCUCCCCACCCAGGAGCAGUCGGCACGCCCACCAGGACGAGCUCACAGCUCAACACAGCGUCCCGGAAAGUGGACGUAGAAGAUCUCUUGGCCCUCGAGAAGCCCACACAGACACCGGGGGGAACCAUGCCCACACACAGAGAACCAGGUGAUGAUAAAAAGAUCAGAUUGUUCAAAGAAACUGCAAAGCAGAAACUGGACCCUGCAGAAAACGUAGCUGGAAGUAAGAAGCGGCCAAGGACACCCAAGGGAAAGGCCCCACCACACGAAGACCUGGCUGGCUUCAAAGAGCUCUUCCAAACCCCACAUCAUAACGAGGAACUCAUGACUGAUGACAAACCCCCCAAAAUACUCUGCCAAUCUCCACAAUCAGAACCAGUCAACACACCAAGUAGAAAAGGACGUCUCAAGACACCUUCCCAGAAAGUGGAUGUGCACGAAGAUGUCUCAGCACUCAGGAAGCCUCAACAAACACCAAGGGAAACCAGGCGCUCACUCAGAGAACCAGAGGUGGGUGACAGAGGCACUGCAGUGCCUCAGGAAGCUCCAGGAGAGAAAGUGGGCCCCGCAGAAAAUGUAACUGGAAGCAAGAGGCGGCCAAGGACACCCAAGGACAAGGUCCCACCACUGGAAGACCUGGCCGGUGUCAAAGAACUCUUCCAAACCCCAGAUCACGCCAAGGAACCAAGGGCUGUUGUCAAAACUCCCAAAAUGCUCUGUACAUCCUCACAGCCAGAGCUAGUUCUCACACCAACCAAUACGAAGAGACAGCUCAAGACGCCUCUGGAGAAAGCGGAUGUAAAGGAAGAGCUCUCAGCCCUCGGGAAGCCCACACAGGUGCCGGGGGAAACCAGGCAGUCAGGAGGAGAACCAGUAGAUGGUGAUAAAAGCAUCAGAUUGUUUAAGGAGACUCCAAAGCAGAAACUGGACCCUGCAGAAAAUGUAAAUGGAAGUAAGAAGCGGCCAAGAACACCCAAGAGAAAGACCCCACUGCUGGAAGACCUGGCUGGCUUCAGAGAGCUCUUCCAAACCCCACAUCAAGCCAAGGAACCCAUGCCUGAUGACGAAAGCCCCCAAAUACUCUGCCAAUCUCCACAACCAGAACCAGUCAACACACCAAGUAGAAAAGGACGUCUCAAGACACCUUCCCAGAAAGUGGAUGUGCACGAAGAUGUCUCAGCACUCAGGAAGCCUCAACAAACACCAGGAGAAACCAGGUGCUCACUCAGAGAACCAGAGGAUGGUGACAGAGGCAUUGCAGUGUCUCAGGAAGCUCCAGGAAAGAAAGUGGGCCCCACAGAAAAUGUAACUGGAAGCAAGAGGCGGCCAAGGACAUCCAAGGACAAGGUCCCACCGCUGGAAGACCUGCUUGGCUUCAGAGAGCUCUUCCAAACCCCAAAUCACACAGUGGAACCAAGGACUGAUGACAAACCCACCACAAUACCCUGUAAAUCUCCACCAGCAGAAGCAGUCAACACACCAACAAGUAGGAAGAGACAGCUCCAGACACCUCUCUGGAAAGUGGAUGUAGAGGAGGAGCUCUCAGCAUUCAGGACACCCACACAGAUGCCUGGGGAAACCAGGCAGUCAGAAGAAGAACCAUCAGGUGGUGAUAAAAGCAUCAAAUUAGCUACGGAAACUCCAAAACAGAAACUGGACUCAGCAGAAAAUGUAACUGGAAGCAAGAGGCGGCCAAGGACACCCAAGGACAAGGUCCCACGGCUGGAAGACCUGGCCGGUGUCAAAGAGCUCUUCCAAACCCCAGAUCACGCCAAGGAACCAAGGGCUGUUGUCAAUGCUCCCAAAAUGCUAUGUACAUCCUCACAGCCAGAGCUAGUUCUCACACCAACCAAUACGAAGAGACAGCUCAAGACACCUCUGGGGAAAGCGGAUGUAAAGAAAGAGCUCUCAGCCCUCGGGAAGCCCACACAGAUGCCGGGGAAAACCAGGCAGUCAGGAGGAGAACCAGUAGAUGGUGAUAAAAGCAUCAGAUUGUUUAAGGAGACUCCAAAGCAGAAAUUGGACUCUGCAGAAAAUGUAACUGGACGUAAGAGGCUGCCAAGAACACCCAAGGACAAGGUCCCACUGCUGGAAGACCUGGCUGGUGUCAAAGAGCUCUUCCAAACCCCAGAUCACGCAAAGCAACCAAUGACUGAUGAUAAAACCCCCCAAAUACCUUGUAAAUCUCCACCAGCAGAAGCAGUCAACACACCAACAAGUAAAAACAGAUGGCUCAAGACACCUCCCCUGAAAGUGGAUGUAAAGGAGGAGCUCUUAGCAUUCAGGAGACCCACACAGACGCCGGGGGAAACCAGGCACUCAGAAGGAGAACCAGCAGAUGGUGAUGAAGACGUCAAAGUAUUCAAGGAAACUUCAAGGCAGAAACUGGACCCUGCAGAAGACGUGCCUGGAAUUAAGAGGCGGCCAAGAACACCCAAGGAAAAGGCUCAACCCCUGGAAGACAUGGUUGGCUUCAAAGAACUCUUCCGAACCCCAGAUCACACCAAGGAACCAAUGACUGAUGACAAACCCACCACAAUACCCUGUGAAUCUCCACCAGCAGAACCAGUCAACACGCCAACAAGUAGGAAGAGACGCCUCAAGUCACCUCCCCAGAAAGUAGACACAGUGGAAGACCUUUUAGCAUGCAGGAAGUCCACCCAGACACCAGGGAGAACCAGGCACUCAGGAGAACCAGCAUAUGGUGAAGACAAAGCAUUUAAGAAAAUGCCAAAGCGGAAACUGGACUCAGCAGAAAAUUUAACUGGAAACAGCAAGUGGCCAAGAACAACACUUAAGGAAAAGGCCCAACCCCUGGAAGACCUCGCUGGCUUCAAAGAGCUUUUCCAAACUCCAAAUCAAGCCAAGGGACUAAUGACUGAGGGCAGAACCCCCAAAAUGCUCUGCCAGUCUCCACAACCAGAGCCAGUUGUUACAUCAACUAGCAUAACCAGAUGUCUCAAGACACCUUCCCAGAAAGUGGCUGUGCAGGAAGACCUCUCAGCACUCAGGAAGCUCACACAAAUACCAGGAGAAACCAUGCACUCAGACAGAGAACCAGAGGGUGAUGACAGAGGCAUUGCAAUGUCUCAGGAAGCUUCAGAAGAGAAGCUGGACCGUGCAGAAAAAGCAUCUGGGAGUAAGAGGCGGCCAAGGACACCCAAGGAGAAGGCCCCUCCACUGGAAGACCUGGUUGGCUUCAAAGAGCUCUUCCAAACCCCAGAUCGUGCAAAGCAACCAAUGGCUGAUGAAAAAACCACCACAAUACCCUACAAAUCUCCACCAGCAGAACCAGUCACCCGGCGAACAGGUAGACAGAGACAGCUCAAGUCACCGCCAGGGAAAGCGGGUGUAGAAGAGCCUCCAGCACCCAGGAAGCCCACAAAGACACCAAGGGAAACCAGGCAUUCACACAAAGAAGCUGCAGGUGAUGAAAACCACAGCAAAGUGUUAAAGGAGAAUUCAAGGCAGAAAUGCAACCCUGCAGAAAAUGCACGGGGCGUCAAGAGUCGGCUAAGAACAGUUAAGGAAAAGACCCAACCCAUGGAAGAUCCAGCCAGUUUCAAGGAGCAUUUCCAAAAGCCCGAUCAGGCCAAGGAACCAGUGAGUGAUGUUAUAAUCACGCCAGUGCCCCAGCAGUCUCCUCCAGCAGAACCAGUCACCAGGCGAACAGGCCGACAGAGACGGCUCAAGUCACCUCCAGGGAAAGUGGGUAUAGAAGAGCCUUCAGCACCCAGGAAGCCCACAAAGACACCGAGGGAAACCAGGUAUUCACACAAAGAAGCUGCAGGUGAUGAAAACCACAGCAAAGUGUUAAAGGAGAAUUCAAGGCAGAAAUGCAACCCUGCAGAAAAUGCACUGGGCGUCAAGAGUCGGCUAAGAACAGUUAAGGAAAAGACCCAACCCGUGGAAGAUCCAGCCAGUUUCAAAGAGCUCUCCCAAAAGCCCGAUCAGGCCAAGGAACCAGUGAGUGAUGUUACAGUAGCUCCAAUGCCCCAGCAGUCUCCUCCAGCAGAACCAGUCACCCGGCGAACAGGCCGACAGAGACGGCUCAAGUCACCGCCAGAGAAAGUGGGUGUAGAAGAGCCCUCAGCGCCCAGGAAGCCCACCCAGACACCAGGAGAUAUGCACAGAGAGCCUGUAUGUGAUGAAAAAGACAACAAAGCAUUUAAGGAAAAUUCAAGGCAGAAACUCAGCCUUGCAGAAAAUGUACUGUGUGUCAAGAGUCGGCUAAGAACAGUUAAGGGAAAGACCCAACCCGUGGAAGAUCCAGCCAGUGUCAAAGAGCUCUCCCAAAGGCCCGAUCAGGCCAAGGAACCAGUGAGUGAUGUUACAGUAGCUCCAAUGCCCCACCAGUCUCCGCCAGCAGAACCAGUCACCCGGCGAACAGGCCGACAGAGACGGCUCAAGUCACCUCCAGGGAAAGUGGGUGUAGAAGAGCCCUCAGCGCCCAGGAAGCCCAUCCAAGCAGCAGGCGAAACCACGCACAGAGAACCAGUAGGUGGUGAGAACAGUAUCAAAGUGUUUAAGGAAACUUCAAGGCAGAACCUGAGCUCAGAAGAAAACGUAAUUGGCGUCAAGAGUCGGCUAAGAACAUGUAAGGAGAAGGCUCAACCCCUGGAAGACCCAGCCAGGUUCAAGGAGCUCUUCCAAAAGCCCGAUCUCGCCAAAGGCCUGGGAAACGACGCUGCGGGGGUUAAGAGAGCCCCAAAGCAAACAGCAGACAGAAGAAGACCUGUAGAAACAUCCCAAAGAAGCCUCAGGACCCCUAAAGGGAGAUUGACGGAAGACAUUGUGGGCAGCGGAGUCCCUGUAAAAUCAUCGGGUGAAAGCCGCGUUUCCCCGUCCCCCGAGAGGAAACCGGGAGCAGACGGGAGGGUCGCGGGAAGGAAGAGACCGCGCCCCAUGACAGCUGCACAGGACCCCGAGGACGAGAAGCCGCUCCAGAAGAAGCAGAGGACAGCCCCCAGGGAGAGACGGGAGCCCCCCGAACCCUUGGGAGUGAAGAAGAGAAGUCUGAGGGUUUUGGCACAAAGGACAGAACCUGGGGGAAACCUGUGCAACGAUGACAUGAAAACUAAAGCUACCGAUGCACAAGGAGAGGACACGCAUGCUCCAGACAAGGGAAUCUCUCUGGGUUCCAAGCGCCCCACUAAAACCGGAGUAGAGGAGCAGAAACCUGAGGUUCUUAUAUCUGCAGAAAAGAUGAAAAUGAAGAGGAGUGAAAAGAAGUCCACAGAGACCUCCCAAGAGAUGAAGCUACAAAGCCCGGAAGCUGAAGCCAAGAAUCCUACCUCUGGGGGCAGAGUUCAAGAGAGAAGGACGGGCCUGAGAUCUGGGAGGCAGAAUCAGACGCCUUUGCCUGAAGCAGCCGAGGCGCCAGCAAGGGAGAGGAGGGUGGAAAUCCCCGCGAAGAAGCAGGAAGAGGAAAAAGCAACGGAACAUGCAGACUUGAAGGGUCUGAGGUCCAGGAGGAUUACCGUCCGCCCUCGAGGAAGCCCUGCGGAGCGUGAGUCCGAGCAGAGAGUCACCCGGAGCAGCAAGAGAUGUGCCAACAAUCUUCAAAAGGAAAAUGACGACGUGGGUGUCAAGAAAAUAAGAACCAGAAGUCGUCGGGACAAUGAAGAAGAUUAAAAGGGAAAAAAAAGUAAUGAAUUUAGUUUAGUGAUAAGUUGUAGUACAAUGUUUGCCAUAAAUUUAAAAGUGAAUUCUGUGAAUAAAGCUGUUGGGGUUGGUGGGGGACAGACUUUAAGGGAAGAAAGCUUAGAAUUUUCUGAUUCUGAAUAGUUUAUUCAAAACUCGCACAUGGAAGUUAUGAAGGAGACUGCUGGGUCUCCUAAAUUGAUAAAAGUUUAAAACUUGGGGGGGGGAUGGGAGUUUGCCAAGGUGUGGCCUUAAACUUGGCAAGAUGAAGCCCUGAAGUUUGUGACUCCCACAGUCAAUGCCCACUGGCUGUGGGCUCUAGCACUUGCCACACUGUGUUGUAAAUGCUUCCGUGUGUGUCUGUGUCCUUUCUGUCUGUACGUCCUGUCCUCCAUCCGAAGUGAAAGGCGGGGUUUCCACCCUGCAUCCACACCAUCAGGCAGCCACUCAGGAAACAGGAGUGAGUGGGUAGAGGACUAGAAAAAUGAAGGUUACAAGAGGUACCUUUACACUGGGGAGACCUCGGGUCCAGGCACCAGGGCUGUGGGUCGUCUGCGCAGGACUGCCCUCUCCGUGGUGUCCUGAUCACUUAAGGGAAUACAUGUGUGAUUUGGAGGACGGUUUGUGAUACCAUUUUCAGGGUAACGAUGAUACUUUAUUUGAGGAAUGACGGGUAGCUUGUCCUUUUCACGUUAAGUAUCUUUGUCUAAACCAGGACUGCUUUCAUCUGAGAAGGCAUCCCCACACUCAGUCUUAGGGCCAUCGGCCAGGGUGCCCCUUAAUCCCGAACGGUAGCAACCCCCUGAGCUUUCUGCAGAGGUGCUCUCACCUGUGCUUUCUCUGACCACACCUGCUGGCCUGACUCAGCGCUCAGCACGUCACCUUGGACGGGAAGCAACACAAACCCAAUGCUCACCCCAAAGAAUGGCCAUUUCUGACAACUGCAGGGCACGAGGCUCUUUCCUCACCGUUUCUGAAUCACUUACGCGAGCCGAUGGCUCCUACAUCUUGUUUUAAGCCUGGAUGUCCGUCCUUCUUCAGUUUCAGAGCCAUCUGCCUCACUGCUGUUCCUCUUUGUCCUCCUGUUCCUCUGUGUUCCCUGAAUCAGAACGAGCACACCUUCCCUCUAGUCACCUGUGUGGAGUCCUCCCCAUUCACCUGCCUUGCCAGAUGGAGGUGAGGAUGGAAGACGGGCGAGUCUGUCCCCUAGAGUGUGAACUGUAACGUCUGUGCCCCUGUCUGUCUACUCUUGUGUCCUCCAUGUCCAGCGUGGAGCCAGGUCCAUGUAAUAAUAAAUGUUUGCUGAAUGAAUAUGUGAGUCCAGGCGUGUCUGUCUGAGUCAGUGGCAUUUGCUUUUGCUAUUUUGGCUGCCAUAAUGCAGUUUUAGACAGUGUUGUGUGAAAUCAUGAGGGAGGGUGAGUGACAGAUGGAGGGAGGAGGGUUGAGGAUGAGGCAGGGAGGGGACAUGUGAAGAGCUGGGCCGGAAAGAAUGUGGGAUUCUGGUGAGCAGAAGGGAGAGUAUUUUAGGAAGUGCAACCCUCAUUAGAAAAGGCACUCUAUUUGAAGCUGUGAGUCAUAAAUGUGUCAUUUAGGUAGGCAAAAUUCAAGAAAAUACAUAAAGUAGGAGUUUUCUGUGAUUAAGUUGUUCUGCCAACACUUCAGAUUUAGUCAUAAUUAUGAACCUCACAUAUAGAAAAAUUUCAAUUAGCUGUAUGCCUGGGGAGUGGAAUAAAAAUUAAUUAAAAAGCUCUUAGGGUUCAAUUCUAACCAAAAAUCUCACUGAAAUAUAUCAGCAUAUUUUCUCACCUUCCUAAGUACAGUAUUAA